UUGACCACUUCCCAUCCGGCCCCCCUGUACAUAAAUGGCCAGACAGGAGCAGUGCAGGAGCGGGUUGCCGUUCAUAAAUGGCGCCUGCAUUUACAGCCUGUGUGCGCUCCCUGGGAGCACCGAUCGCUGUACGGGACCUCUGUGUAAGGUCCCGAUCAUGUGAUCACUGAUUGGCAAAUCAGUGAUCGCUUCUGACAUAAUUGCUUACUACGUGUGAAAUCUGUGAAUGAUUACAGAGAUCACAUGGUACAGGGCCAUUCACAGCAGUCCUGUACCAUGUGACAAGCUGUGACCAAUCACAGAG